UAACUGAAGUUGUAAAAUAUAGUUUUGAUGUUAACAUAGUUGGUUGUAAACUAUAUUAAAUUACUACCUGUUGGUCUAUUAAAAAUGUCCAUAAUCAUGGAUAUUUUUUGGGGGGGUCAAUCAAUCUAACAGAGCCACGAACGUCGCAGAUAGACAUAGUUUCUUAUUCUACAAUGUUACCAAUGGGCAGAUUCGAUUAUGCUGAAACGCGGAGCACCAGGCAUGAACCAGUAACGUAAUUGGGCGAAAGCGGUGAGGGAGGCGUUCCAUUCUCGAAUUGAAUAGUAAUCUCCACCACUCGGUCAUUUUGUCAAGGCAUCGCCUACACGGGCGCCCGGACAGGAUGAAUCGAACCCCCUCAAUGUUCCGUCAAGGCGGACACAAAUCUGGGUUUUCCGAGAUUACCCACGACCCAACCCAAACAGGAAGUGUAAACACUUCUAACAUAACAGCAGCGCACGUGAUAGCCCUUCUCUUCGACUCCUCAGCAUUCACCACUCGGGACUCCAGAAUAGUCGAGACCAUGGACUCGAUCAGUUGUUCGAUCUGUCUGGAUCUACUGAAGGAUCCAGUGACUAUUUCCUGUGGCCACAGCUACUGUAAAGGCUGUAUCAAGGAAUAUUGGUCUCUUGAUGACCAAAAGGGAAUUCACAGCUGCCCCCAGUGCCGACAGACCUUCACCCCAAGACCUGCUCUGAACAGAAACAUUCUGCUGGCUCAGUUGGUAGAGAAAUUGAAGAACAAUUUCAAAACGGUUCCCUCUGCUUCUUGUUUCCCUGGACCUGAAGAUGUGAAGUAUGAUCAUGAUGACUCAGCCGCAGCAGCAGAGAUGACUGAGAAACAGGGGCAGCUGAGGGAGAAACGGCAGCAAGUUGGGCUGAGAAUCUGUGAGAGAGAAGGAGAUGCAGGACAUAAGACAGGCGGUGAUGUCCCUUUCACUUUCAGCACAGGCAGCAGUGGAGCACUGUGAGCUGGUCUUUGCUGAGCUGAUCCGCUCCAUUGAGAGAAGGCGCUGUGAGGUGAAGGAGCUAAUCAGUGCCCACCAGAGGGCGUCAGUAAGCCUAGCUGAAGGACUCC